UUUCUUUCUUUCCAUCUCAUGUAAAAUUCUAAGUGUGUAACUUGCCAAUUAACUCCCUCCAACCCAAUGGUCUAUUUUCUUUGGAAAAGAUAGCACUCGAAAUUUGUUGAUCUCCAUAGCUUAGCUUCGCAUUACUAAAUCUAUAAACCUUUCACUUGAAACUAUUCACUUGUUUCAUGAACCUCCUCCAGCAUGGAUGCCUUCUUCCUUUUACCCUCUUCCUUCUCAAUCAUCUCCAUCUUCCUUCUCUUAAAUUUUUUUGAAGUAUCUUAUGCCCUGGAUGAUCUUCACUUUACUGGAUGCAGUCCAUUUAACUGUGGAAACCUACGGAAUUUUUCAUAUCCUUUCUGGACCGAUGAUCAACAACGACCUUCAUAUUGCGGCUAUGAUUCUGAAGAGUUCAAACUCAAGUGCAUUCAGAAUCAGCCACCUGUCAUGACUAUGAGUUCCCAGGAAUUCCUAGUGCUGUACCUCAAUUCGUCUCAUGGUUUGAUAACAAUCCAACGGGUGGAAUUCGAAGAAAAUACUUGUCCUCAGGAGGUUUUGAUAAAUAAUUCUUUUAAUUAUUCUGACACAGCCGAAAACAUUACUCUUUCUUAUGGCUGCCAAAGCGGGGAAUUAACAAAUCAUAGUUUCACUUGCAAAAAAGAUGGAAGUGAAACGUUUGCUAUGUUGUUUAAGAGCAAUGAAAGUGAAUGUGAUGGUGAAAAAGUUGAAAUUCCUAUUGGGAACAAGGCUUUCGAUGAAUUCAUGCGUGGAAUUGCCGCUCUGAAUGAAACUUUAGUUCAACCGUUUGAUAUUAAAUACUUUGCAUACGAUCACUAUUGCAGGCAAUGCAAGCAUUCGGGCGGAAGAUGUGGAUCCAACAAAACUUCACCGGGAACAUUUGUCUGCUACUGUCGUGAUCGUCCUUAUCAACUUAUAUGCAAACGCAGCGAACCUGACCGGAAUGAUUUUAACUUGGGAGCAAAGCUGGCCAUCGGUUUUGGUGCGGCGAUUGGAGGCUUAAUAAUCUCGAGCAUCGUCUUCUAUUACAGGCCGCACCGUCGCCAUGGAAGGAUGUUUUUUAAAUCAUCAUGUGUAUCCGGAAAGAGUUCUUUUGACCGCUCUUUCAUGAUGGAUCCUGAGAUGGGUGAUAGCUUUGCUGGCAUCCAUCUCUUCUCCUAUAACGAACUUGAAGAAGCUACCAACAGUUUUGAUUCUGAUAUGGAAGUUGGUGAUGGAGGCUUUGGAACUGUAUAUUAUGGCAAACUUCGGGAUGGGCGUGCUGUUGCUGUUAAACGCUUAUAUGAAAACAACUACAAACGAGUUGAGCAAUUCAUGAAUGAAGUUGAGAUCCUAAGUCGAUUGCGCCAUCAAAAUCUUGUCUCACUUUAUGGAUGCACCUCUCGCCACAGUAGGGAACUCUUGCUUGUAUAUGAAUAUGUUCCCAAUGGAACUGUUGCUGACCACCUUCAUGGUCAACGUGCUAAACCCGGUGCACUCUCUUGGCCCAUUCGCUUAGAGAUAGCCAUAGAGACUGCAAAUGCAUUGAGAUAUCUCCAUGCUUCUGAUACUAUCCACCGUGAUGUGAAAACCAACAAUAUUCUCCUCGACGACAAUUUUAUUGUUAAGGUUGCAGAUUUUGGACUGUCUCGUCUCUUUCCAACAAAUGUUACCCAUAUUUCCACUGCUCCACAAGGGACUCCUGGUUACGUGGAUCCAGAAUAUCACCAGUGCUACCAGCUUACUGAUAAGAGUGAUGUCUUUAGCUUUGGGGUUGUACUGAUUGAACUAAUAUCAUCAAAACCAGCCGUUGAUAUCACAAGGCACCGCCAUGAGAUUAACUUGUCGAAUAUGGCCAUCAAUAAGAUUCAAAACCGAGCAUUGCAUGACCUAGUGGAUCCAUCUCUUGGGUUUGAAUCAGACUACAAGGUUAGGAAAAUGAUAACUGGAGUGGCAGAGGUGGCAUUCCAGUGCCUGCAACAUGAGAAAGACAUGAGGCCGACCAUGGCACAAGUGUUGGAGGCUCUAAUGGGUUUACAAAAUGAGGAUUACGAUAAAGGAAAGGCAGAAGAGAUGGAUAUUUCAACAGACGAGGUUGGGUUGUUGAAGAGUGAAGCACAGCCUCCUUCUCCAGAUUCUGUGGAGAUAAAAUGGGUUAGCAGCUUUACAACACUGAGUAUAGGUAACAAUAAAGAAAAGGCAGAAGAGAUGGAUAUUUCAGCAGAUGAGGUUGGGUUGUUGAAGAGUGGACCACUGCCUCAUUCUCCAGAUUCUGUGAUGAUAAAAUGGGUUAGCAGCUCUACAACACCAAGUAUGAGUCACUAAAUAUCCAGGCAUAUAUAGAAGAGA